UACCUUUAUCUACUAUACUUUUUCCCUUCACUCUCUCUAACGGCUUUUAUUCCACUUCUAUGUGCAUUGUCCUUAAAACUCUGCCAUUAUAUGCUUCUCAAUAAAAAUCCAAUUGGGUCUCUUUCUAGUAACCAGAAACACAUCUCACUAAUAUGGCUAAAGGAGCAUCAAAAUGCCUCUUCAUUCUCUUCCUGUCACUCUUUACUAUAUGCUCUUCUGGAACUCUAGUAGGUUUCUCCUGUAAAGCAAGAGCAACUGCAACUUCAUCACCUACCAGAACUAUAUCAUUCCUGAAGCAAAACAAGGUCACCUUGUCUCAGAUUCGGGUUUUUGCAGCAGACCAUAAGGUUUUGAGUUCUCUAUCUGACUCUGGUGUAUCUGUUGAUCUUUACUUAAGUAAAUGUCUAGUUGGAAGUUCUGUUAAUUCCAAGUCAUCUGUUAUUUCAUGGCUGAAAACCCAUGUUGUGAACUUUCUUCCACAUGUCAACAUUCAUAGCAUCAUAAUUAGGGGUGGCAAAGACUAUUCAGGACAAAUUCCACUACCAGUGGUUUUGUCAACCUUAAAAUCAAUCCAUUCAGUCCUCAGUACCCUUCAUCUAGAAAGUGAAGUAAGAGUCUCAGUAGCAUUCCCAUUGUCAAUCUUAGAGAAUUUGAAUAGAGCACAUGAACGAGACCUGCAAAGGAUUUUUGGUUUUAUCAAGAAGGUGAGGUCAUAUGUCAUUGUUGAAGCUGGUAUAGAUGGACAAUUAAGCAUGGGAGAUCAGUUUGUUCAGUCUAUGAUUGAAAGAGUCACCCUUGCCAGUUCUUUUCUCCCUGAUGUUCCAAUGGUUGUAACAAUUAAGAGCCCUGCUGUUCCUAGUGCAACCGAAGUAGCCCAAUUCACUGUUAAGGUCUCGAAGUUUUUAGAAAACAACACUCAGAUUAGAGAACAGGUAGUUGGAUUAUAUGCAGAAGUACCAUUCAUGGAAGAUUUUGCACAGAAGGAGCUCAAAAGGGAAGAGGAACAGAUCUUUCUGUCUCACCGCAGGGAACUCCUAAGCAAAACCAACCUCAAAACAACUUUACAUGACACAUUCCCACCAACUACAACCUUUCCCACAACUCCAAUAUCGACAACACCAGUCACCCCCUCUCCAGAUAAUCCUCCAACCGUUGUCACAGUUCCAACUACUAACCCUGUCACAAUUACACCAAACAAUCCUGGUGUUCCCCCAUUAACAGUUCCCUCCACCACACCCGUCACGGUACCCUCAACAAAUCCUGAAUAUCCACCUGUACCAAUCACCAAUCCAGUAACAACGCCUAGCACGGUCCCGGUGUCACCACCAAUAACUAAUCCUGUAACAACUUAUCCAGCCCCAUCAGGAGCUGUUCCAGUAACUACCCCUGUGACAAACCCAGUAGCACCUCCUGUAACAACAAAUGCUCCAGCAAUUCCAGGACAAAGCUGGUGUAUUGCCAAGAAUGGAGCAUUGGAGACAGCACUUCAAUCAGCACUGGACUAUGCAUGUGGAAUGGGAGGUGCAGACUGCUCACAAAUCCAGCAGAGUGGAAGUUGUUACAAUCCAAAUACACUUCAAAACCAUGCCUCAUUCGCAUUCAACAGCUAUUAUCAAAAGAAUCCAGUGCCAACUAGCUGUGACUUUGGAGGGGCAGCUGUGAUAGUUAAUUCAAAUCCAAGCACCGGUUCUUGCAUUUUCCCAUCAUCAUCAACAUCAUCAUCACCAGCAGCAACAGCAACUCCAACACCAACGGUAACAACAACUCCAACACCAACACCAACAACAUCAUCACCACCAGAUACAGGUGUAUCAGGCUCUGGUACUCCACCUUCAGUGUUGAAUACAAGCAACCCAGCUUCCGGUACCACAGUUUUCGGCUUUGGAAACCCUCCUGCUGCAAACACAACAACGUCCUUUUCAUAUGGUUUACAGCCCUUUAUUGGCUGCAUCAUUCUGGCAACAUCCUUUGUAACUGGAAAGAUAGUUCUGGACAUGUAGAGUUGCUACUUCUGCGCAAUGAUGACUCUAGCGUUCAGAGUUCUGGCUGUUCAAGCUGUGUACAAAUCCAUGUUUGCAGAAAAGGAAUUAGAGGUUAGUUUAACAAGGCAGAACUAGAACACCUACAUCCUGCUAUAAUAUUCACUGGCCUGCACGAUCUUACCUGGGAUCCAAACAUGUUUGCUGCUGAAUCUCAAAUUUCUAAUUGAAACAUAAUCACAUGUUCCAUAUAUUCAGUUGAUGAAGUAGGAUGUAUACUAGGAACUCUUGAUCCUGUAUAUAUGUUAGGAUUUGUGGAGAUUGUAGUUUUUGUGUGUAGGUGAUUUUCAGACAAAUUGAAUAACCAAAGUGCUCUAAAAAUUACUUGA